ACACGGAGGCAGCUUUCUUCUCUCGCGAAGUUUCAGACGCAGGCGGGAGGCCAUACACGCGGGCGCGGAGCUACUCGCGUAUAAAUAAAUCGCCGGUGGAAGCGUCGACAGAAACAUCUGAAGGAAGUCGGAGUACAAAGUUUCCACGCGAUCUUCAACGAGGGGUUCAAGAUCGCAUGGAAACUCGGCAGCGGCGGGACUUUGUCUCUCCGUAGCUAUUGGCCAAGGAGGGAGGGGCUCCAUUACAAUCGCCGCCUCAGGCUUCGUUCAGUUGCUGCCUCUGAGCAUGCUCGCCGAGUCGCCUGUUGAAGCGAGCAAUCCUUGCAGACCGGCCCGCUCGCUUUAACCCGGAAGGGCAUCCGCUUGUCAGCAGCCGGCGGACCGAGUGGCGGGUGUUGCGGUUGGAAAGGAGAUGGCCACGUUCUUCGGGGAGGUGGUGACGCCGCCCUCCCGCGCUGGGGUGGACGAUGAAGAAGAAGCGGCAGCGGCGGAACGCGAGGAAACGCAGGAAGAUCGCGAGAUUCGCCAGGAGCUCGAGAAGAAAAGGGAAGUUCACAUCACCUGGAAAAUGACAUCUAAUGCAUCUACAGAUGAACAGUUUCCUUGCUCCAAGUUCUUAUUGGGUAUAGGGCAUAAUGCAGUAGCAUUCUUGUCUUCCUUUGUUUUGAAUUCUGGAUGCUGGGAAGUUGUUGGAUCUAUCAAAUUGUGGAAUGAGUGGUGCAGAACAUCAAACACAACCAAUGUCCUUCCAACAGAUUCCUUCUGCCUGUUCUAUCGGUUGAUUUCAGAUCCCACAGUUUUAUUGUGCCAGUGCAAUUGUUACGUGGCUGAAGACCAACAAUUUCAGUGGCUUGAAAAGGUUUUUGGAUGCAUGCAGAAGAAGGAUUUGCAAGUACUUGUUCUUUCAACGUGUUCUGUUACAGAUUAUAAAACAACUGAAUCGACUCUAACACUUCCAUCUCCUUUUCUGAAAGCAUUAAAGACAAACAAGUUUAAAGAUAAAGUCUGUUGUUCCCUUCUAGAACAGCCAAAUAUUGUACGGGAUCUCCCUGCAGCAGUUCUCAGUUACUGUCAAGUGUGGCAAAUCUCUGCUGUGUUUUAUCAGUGUUAUACUGAUACCAUCAAACUGGAUUUGGUAACAAUUGAAGCAUUCAAGCCUGUGCUGUCUUCCAAAAUCCUGAUGAGCUUGGUGAAGGACAUUUUAAGAAGUACAGAAGUACUGAGAAACUUGGUGACGACUAAUGAAAUUAAUAAUAUCUACACUUAAAAUGGAGAGUUACCUUGGAUAUUUUCAUGUCUGAUUAAGUUUCCUUAUUUUGUCAACAGCAGCUGCUUUGCUUGGAAAUUGGAAUGUGUUAUCUUUUGUACCAUAUGCUGACUAUUGUGAGGAGGGGUUUUACUAAUGAAAAUAAAUUAAUAUGUGACAUUCUUAUUUUCCCCAAGCUC